AGUUUCAUGAAAUCACUUACAAUAAACGAUGUUAAUGUGGUGGCUGCUCUAUUCUAGCAACCGAAACUAAUUGCCACAUCUUCAUAGAAUUAGAUAUCAGAGAUAAUCUUCAUUCUGAUUCAAAGUCUUGUAAACUGGAAGAAUUACCACCAAUGCUGGCAAAACAAUAUAGGUAUAAUUGUUUUACAUUAUUUUGUUUUAAAUUACAUUCAUAUUUUUGAGAACAAUAUGCGUUAUUUCAUUGUUUCAGGCUGGUAGGUGUUGUUGUAGGAUAUCCAAGUCAUUUUGUUGCCUAUUGCAGACGACUUUUAGGAUUAUGGGAACAGUAUAAUGAUUUAAGCACUAAAGUGAAGUCUUAUACACUAAAGGAAACAAUUUCUCCUAUCGCCGCAAUUUAUAUAAUUCAUAAAGGUAAUUAAAUGUGCUUUAUAGACACAAUUACAUGUAAUGCUGAUGAUAGAAUUUUAAUAGUGAUUAAUUCAAUUUUGUAGAAACACAAAAAACAUAGCUACAGAGACUAUGGAUUCAGAUAAUUUAGAAAUUGCCAAGUUGCAAGAGCAAUUGAGUUUUACAACUUAAAAAUAAUGUUUUAAUGUUAAGAGAAAGUUUAAAAGAACUUGAAAACAAGGUGUCUCACAUUACGCAAAACACGUCACAACUGAAAUCACCUAAUGUUGGUCGUUGUCGUUAUAAAGGAAAUUGUGCAUCAAGGAUAUGCGGGUGUGUGAAGAAGGAGAAUAUAUGCAAUUCAUCAUGCAAAUGUGAUAACACAAUGUGUCAAAAUCAGGAAAUGAAACACAGUGAGAUAAAUAAGGAAAAUGUCGACAAAAAUGAUAGGGCAAUAUUUGAUCCAAUGAAACCAAAAUACCAAUUGUCACGAACACCUCCAAACAAAAAAGUUGCAAAUGAGAUAAUGAAGGAUGAUAAUUUGCAGGAUUUGGAUGAUCUGCAGGAUGCAAUUAAAUCUCAAUCUCAAAGGGGACCUUACGGCUACCGGUUGGUGUUUACAAGUCGAGUUUAUUGUGAGUCGACCCUGGUCGAUCCGCAUUCUCUCGCAUCUGGUCGUGAAAAGGCAGCCUCACAAAAAGUGGUUCAAGAAGAGGCUGUUGACUGGGAACAACAUACUGCGCAACUAAUACGUUGCAAAAAAUGCAAAAGAACUUUCAUACAAGAUCGAAUCCAGAAACACGAAACUUGUAAAAAGAUCUAAUACUGGAAAAAAAUACAUU